AAAGAAGGAAAGCUACUUUAUAUGUCGAUUGGGUGUUUACAUCACCAGAAGAAUCACACUUCAUAUUCCCUGCCAAAAGAUCCAAUCCAUCCUUCCCCUCGAUCCCAUAAAAUAAGGGAAAUGUCGAAACGGAAGCCCACCAGAGCCCCGACCACCGACGAUCCUCCGCACCUGCAACCGGGCUCCCAAAUUGAGAUAAGUUCCAACGACCCUGGGUUCCUAGGUUCAUGGUACACCGGCGUACUCAUCAAGCGUGCUCCUUCUAAGAAACCCAACAACAAAUUCGUAGUCGAGUACACCCAUCUUUUCGAGGACGAGGCGGGUACUAAACCCUUGAGGGAGACCGCCGACGCCGUGGAUUUACGCCCUCCUGCCCCUCGAGAAAAGGUCAGGAAGUUCAAGUUUAGUGAAGAGGUUGAUGCCUUUCAUAACGAUGGGUGGUGGGAAGGGGUGAUUACUAAGGAGUUGGAGAAUGGGAGGUUUCAUGUUUACUUCAAGAGGUCUAAAGAGCAGCUGGAGUUUGGCGAGGACCAGUUGAGGCUUCAUAGAGAGUGGAUUAAAGGGGCUUGGACUCCACCCCUGGAGGAAGAUAAGCAUGUGAAAGAGUCCGACGAAGUAGUGACUGAAGGAAAGAUGGAUUAUAACCAAGUCGUUGCCCGAGGGAAGCUAGAGUGUGAUAAUACAGCAAUCAAAAAGAAGGAUGAUAAUUCAGCAAGCAAAAAGAAGUUAAAGUCUGAUUUAGCUGCGAGUGGAGGGAAAUUCGAGUCUAACGAGAUAACAAAGUAUCGCGAGGGGGAACGAGUUGAAGUGACCAGCGACGAAGAUGGUUUUGAAGGUGCUUGGUUUACUGGAACUAUUGUUAAAGCAUUGGGGAAGGACAGAUACCUAUUUCAGUACGAUUGCUUGAGAACUGACGAUGACACUGAUUUCUUAAAAGAGAAGUUUGAUGCCCUGCACAUUAGGCCUUGUCCGCCUGAAAUUUUUAUGGCUGAUUCGUUCCAAAAGCUUGAUGAAGUCGAUGCUUUCUACCUUGAUGGCUGGUGGGUGGGUGUGAUUUCUAAGGUUCUUAAUUCUCUUUCUGAGACAAAUUAUGAAGUCUAUUUCAAAGCUACCCAGGAGGAAAUGAAGUUUAAGUAUUCCGAGUUAAGGAUACAUCAGGACUGGAUUAACGGGAAAUGGGUUACCGCUUCUAAGGCAUUGAAGACGUUACUGCAGAAGGAGAGGUAACAUUACUUCGGCGUGGGGCGUUUACGACGGAAUCAAAGUAAAGCCAAGUCUUUUCUGGUUUUCAGCUGUCGUAUUUGGUGCUGGUGCUUGCGUGUGUAACCAAUUUUAGGCUUUCAUAGGCAUUUUUUUUCAGAGACUGGAGGUACCUUAAGCCGCAAGCUGAACUUAAAGUAGAGCAUUCUAAAACAUCUAUCUGUAUGGGUAUUGGGUAGCGUAGUCUUUUCUGUCAAGGUCUCGAGGAUUAAUGAUGUAUUACUUUCU